AUGACUGCGAUUUUUGGUAUGGUAGGUUUAGAGGAAAUUAAUAUUAGUGGUGUUCGUAAAGUAAUGAGUUUAAAGGAUGUUGAUAUUAGUGAUGUUUGUAUUUGUGAAGUAGUGAGUUUAAAAAAGGUUGAUGUUAGUGGUAUUCAUAUUUGUGAAAUGGUGAAUUUAGAAAAAGUUAAUGCUAAUUUUAUUUCUUUUAUAACUACAAGUUUAAAGGAUGUAAUAGUUUAUAUAUUGAGUUAA